AUGGACUGUCAAAGAGGGGCUUACGUACCACCCACAGACAAAGAUCCCAAAGCUCUCUUCGACAAGACAGCCCUCCUAUGCAAUACAGUCAAGCAGAGGAUCAAUGAGAAAGAGCAAGGUCUAACUAUCGUUAGAGAUGCUAUUAUACAUCAUCUAUCUCACGCUGUCUACGGGAGUAAUCAUAUCGAGAGAGUUGGCCUUGGAUUAUCAGAAACCGUCAGCAUCUGUAACAGGGCCUUUCACGGAGAGAUGGUUGAUCUAGAGGAUAUUCCUGACGGAGAAUCCUAUCAGAUAAUACAACGCCGUGAAGUCAUACAACACGCUCUGGCUCUUCAACACAUCACCACAGAGAUGGUAGCAAAUAGAAAUCCACUAUCCGAAGUCCUCAUUCUCGAGACUCAUCGCAUACUCACCGAGAAGAUAGACGCAGGCGGGACAUCUUGGAAAAGCUACUCUGGUAGAUAUCGCCAUAUUCCUGUUUCCGCUGGCGCAACAAACUUCGUGGCGCCUCGAUUCGUUCCACAAAAGAUGAAAGAGUUGAUUGAAGAGUUCAACGCUGAUAUUGAACAAGCAAAGAUUUCUCUUGAUCCAUUUACGUUGGCAGCAAAAUACUGCAACGAUUUCGUCAUGAUUCAUCCAUUUAUCGAUGGAAAUGGCCGUAUGUGUCGUCUUAUACUUAAUGCGAUUUUACUCAAAUACGCAGGUGUGGUGGUUAGUAUUGGCGAAGACGAUCAAGAACGACAGGAAUAUCUGGAUAUUCAACGACGAGCAGGCGAGCAGAUGGAAGGAUCUGGCGAGCUUGCAUUUCUGGUGCUGAGAAAGGCGAUGGGGAGGUAUAGAACGAUGAAGAAAAAGCUAUAG